AUGGAAGCCAGACCACACGCCUCUUGUUCCUUUUGGGGCCGUCCAACAGGGGGCGCCGUUCUCUCCGCGCUCCCGCGUGGCUGGCCCCUGAUGGUCCUAGACCUCAAGGAUUGCUUCUUUUCUAUUCCUCUUGCGGAACAAGAUCGCGAAGCUUUUGCAUUUACGCUCCCCUCUGUGAAUAACCAGGCCCCCGCUCGAAGAUUCCAAUGGAAGGUCUUGCCCCAAGGGAUGACCUGUUCUCCCACUAUCUGUCAGUUGGUAGUGGGUCAGGUACUUGAGCCCUUGCGACUCAAGCACCCAUCUCUGUGCAUGUUGCAUUAUAUGGAUGAUCUUUUGCUAGCCGCCUCAAGUCAUGAUGGGUUGGAAGCGGCAGGGGAGGAGGUUAUCAGUACAUUGGAAAGAGCCGGGUUCACCAUUUCGCCUGAUAAGAUCCAGAGGGAGCCCGGAGUACAAUAUCUUGGGUACAAGUUAGGCAGUACGUAUGUAGCACCCGUAGGCUUGGUAGCAGAACCCAGGAUAGCCACCUUGUGGGAUGUUCAAAAGCUGGUGGGGUCACUUCAGUGGCUUCGCCCAGCGUUAGGAAUCCCGCCACGACUGAUGGGCCCCUUUUAUGAGCAGUUACGAGGGUCAGAUCCUAACGAGGCGAGGGAAUGGAAUCUAGACAUGAAAAUGGCCUGGAGAGAGAUCGUACAGCUCAGCACCACUGCUGCCUUGGAACGAUGGGACCCUGCCCUGCCUCUGGAAGGAGCGGUCGCUAGAUGUGAACAGGGGGCAAUAGGGGUCCUGGGACAGGGACUGUCCACACACCCAAGGCCAUGUUUGUGGUUAUUCUCCACCCAACCCACCAAGGCGUUUACUGCUUGGUUAGAAGUGCUCACCCUUUUGAUUACUAAGCUACGCGCUUCGGCAGUGCGAACCUUUGGCAAGGAGGUUGAUAUCCUCCUGUUGCCUGCAUGCUUUCGGGAGGACCUUCCGCUCCCGGAGGGGAUCCUGUUAGCCCUUAGGGGGUUUGCAGGAAAAAUCAGGAGUAGUGACACGCCAUCUAUUUUUGACAUUGCGCGUCCACUGCAUGUUUCUCUGAAAGUGAGGGUUACCGACCACCCUGUACCGGGACCCACUGUCUUUACCGACGCCUCCUCAAGCACCCAUAAGGGGGUGGUAGUCUGGAGGGAGGGCCCAAGGUGGGAGAUAAAAGAAAUAGCUGAUUUGGGGGCAAGUGUACAACAACUGGAAGCACGCGCUGUGGCCAUGGCACUUCUGCUGUGGCCGACAACGCCCACUAAUGUAGUGACUGACUCCGCGUUUGUUGCGAAAAUGUUACUCAAGAUGGGACAGGAGGGAGUCCCGUCUACAGCGGCGGCUUUCAUUUUAGAGGAUGCGUUAAGCCAAAGGUCAGCCAUGGCCGCCGUUCUCCACGUGCGGAGUCAUUCUGAAGUGCCAGGGUUUUUCACAGAAGGAAAUGACGUGGCAGAUAGCCAAGCCACCUUUCAAGCGUAUCCCUUGAGAGAGGCUAAAGAUCUUCAUACUGCUCUCCAUAUUGGACCCCGCGCGCUAUCCAAAGCGUGUAAUAUAUCUAUGCAGCAGGCUAGGGAGGUUGUUCAGACCUGCCCGCAUUGUAAUUCAGCCCCUGCGUUGGAGGCCGGGGUAAACCCUAGGGGUUUGGGACCCCUACAGAUAUGGCAGACAGACUUUACGCUUGAGCCUAGAAUGGCCCCCCGUUCCUGGCUCGCUGUUACUGUGGAUACCGCCUCAUCGGCGAUAGUCGUAACUCAGCAUGGCCGUGUCACAUCGGUUGCUGCACAACAUCAUUGGGCCACGGCUAUCGCCGUUUUGGGAAGACCAAAGGCCAUAAAAACAGAUAACGGGUCCUGCUUCACGUCUAAAUCCACGCGAGAGUGGCUCGCGAGAUGGGGGAUAGCACACACCACCGGGAUUCCGGGUAAUUCCCAGGGUCAAGCUAUGGUAGAGCGGGCCAACCGGCUCCUGAAAGAUAAGAUCCGUGUGCUUGCGGAGGGGGACGGCUUUAUGAAAAGAAUCCCCACCAGCAAACAGGGGGAACUACUAGCCAAGGCAAUGUAUGCCCUCAAUCACUUUGAGCGUGGUGAAAACACAAAAACACCGAUACAAAAACACUGGAGACCUACCGUUCUUACAGAAGGACCCCCGGUUAAAAUACGAAUAGAGACAGGGGAGUGGGAAAAAGGAUGGAACGUGCUGGUCUGGGGACGAGGUUAUGCAGCUGUGAAAAACAGGGACACUGAUAAGGUUAUUUGGGUACCCUCUCGAAAAGUUAAACCGGACAUCACCCAAAAGGAUGAGGUGACUAAGAAAGAUGAGGCGAGCCCUCUUUUUGCAGGCAUUUCUGACUGGAUACCCUGGGGAGACAAGCAAGAAGGACUCCAAGGAGAAACCGCUAGCAACAAGCAAGAAAGACCCGGAGAAGACACCCUUGCUGCCAACGAGAGUUAAUUAUAUUCUCAUUAUUGGUGUCCUGGUCUUGUGUGAGGUUACGGGGGUAAGAGCUGAUGUCCACUUACUCGAGCAGCCAGGGAACCUUUGGAUUACAUGGGCCAACCGUACAGGCCAAACGGAUUUCUGCCUCUCUACACAGUCAGCCACCUCCCCUUUUCAAACAUGUUUGAUAGGUAUCCCGUCCCCUAUUUCCGAAGGUGAUUUUGAGGGAUAUGUCUCUGAUACAAAUUGCACCACCUUGGGAACUGACCGGUUAGUCUCGUCAGCCGGCAUUACCGGCGGCCCUGACAACAGCACCACCCUCACUUAUCGAAAGGUUUCAUGCUUGCUGUUAAAGCUGAAUGUCUCUAUGUGGGAUGAGCCACCGGAACUACAGCUGCUAGGUUCCCAGUCUCUCCCUAACAUUACUAAUAUUACUCAGAUUUCUGGUGUAACCGGGGGAUGCGUAGGCUUCGCCCCACACUCCAAUCCAAGUGGUGUCUACGGGUGGGGCCGGAGACAGGUUACACACAACUUCUUGAUCGCCCCGUGGGUCAAUCCUUUCUUUAACAGCGCUUCUAACUCCACGGAACCGUUUACGGUGGUGACAGCGGAUAGGCACAAUCUUUUUAUGGGGAGUGAGUACUGCGGUGCAUAUGGCUACAGAUUUUGGGAAAUAUAUAAUUGCUCACACAGGUUUGAUAAUUUUGAUAUUUACACCUGUGGAGAUGUGCAGACAGUCAAAUCCCCCGAAAAACAGUGUGUGGGGGGAGGAGGUAUAUGGGUUAAUCAAUCAAAGGAAAUUAAUGAGACAGAGCCGUUCAGUUUUACUGCGAACUGUACAGCUAGUAAUUUGGGUAAUGUCAGCGGAUGUUGUGGAAAAACGACCACGAUUCUCCCAUCAGGGGCGUGGGUCGACAGCACACAAGGUAGUCUCACCAAACCAAAAGCGCUACCACCCGCAAUUUUCCUCAUUUGUGGGGAUCGCGCAUGGCAAGGAAUUCCCAGUCGUCCGGUAGGGGGCCCCUGCUAUUUAGGCAAGCUUACCAUGUUAGCACCUAACCAUACAGAUAUUCUCAAGGUGCUUGCCAAUUCAUCGCGGACAGGUAUAAGACGUAAACGAAGCACCUCACACCUGGAUGAUACAUGCUCAGAUGAAGUGCAGCUUUGGGGUCCUACAGCAAGAAUCUUUGCAUCUAUCUUAGCCCCGGGGGUAGCAGCUGCGCAAGCCUUAAGAGAAAUUGAGAGAUUAGCCUGUUGGUCCGUUAAACAGGCUAACUUGACAACAUCACUCCUCGGGGACUUAUUGGAUGAUGUCACGAGUAUUCGACACGCGGUCCUGCAGAACCGAGCGGCUAUUGACUUCUUGCUUCUAGCUCACGGCCAUGGCUGUGAGGACGUUGCCGGAAUGUGUUGUUUCAAUCUGAGUGAUCACAGUGAGUCUAUACAGAAGAAGUUCCAGCUAAUGAAAGAACAUGUCAAUAAGAUCGGCGUGGACAGCGACCCAAUCGGAAGUUGGCUGCGAGGAUUAUUCGGGGGAAUAGGGGAAUGGGCCGUUCAUUUGCUGAAAGGACUGCUUUUGGGGCUUGUAGUUAUUUUGUUGCUAGUAGUGUGCCUGCCUUGCCUUUUACAAAUUGUGUCCAGUAGCAUCCGAAAGAUGAUUAAUAAUUCAAUCAGCUAUCACACGGAAUAUAAGAAGUUGCAAAAGGCUUGUAGGCAGCCCGAAAAUGGAGCAGUGUAAAGCAGUACAUGGGUGGUGGUAUGAAACUUGCGAAUCGGGCUGUAACGGGGCAAGGCUUGACUGAGGGGACCAUAGUAUGUCUAGGCGAAAGGCGGGGCUUCGGUUGUACGCGGUUAGGAGUCCCCUCAGGAUACAGUAGUUGCGCUUAUGCAUAGGGAGGGGGAAAUGUAGUCAAAUUGAAUAGUCUAAAGACCAAAUAAGGAAAAAGCAAGACAUUCUAUAUGCUCAUUGGUGGCGACUAGAUAAGGAAGGAAUGACGCAAGGACAUAUGGGCGUAGACGAAGCUAUGUACGAUUAUAUAAGCUGUUGCCACCAUCAAAUAAACGCCAUUUUACCAUUCACCA